AUGGAUAACCUUAGGAAAUACCUUAAGAUAGAAUUACCAUUACCAUUAGUACCUAACCCCGGACCCACGAUUGAUGAUUUUCCGCCGCCUGCAAAUGAUCCUAUUGUGGCGUAUAUACCUGAGUUACCGCUACAAAUUGUCGAUAAUCACAAAUUAGAAGUUAUGAUUCGUCAAUGUUUAGAACGCAAACAUAGGCAAGAAGUUGUUGAUAUAAAAUGUGACACUCAUUUAGGAAUCGGUAUGGUUCAUCUACAAAACUGUAAAGAAAGAGAUCAUUUAGUUAAAAUCAUUGAAUCAAUUAUAUUGGAUUCGGGAGAAAAAAAUAAUAUAAUAAUUAAAUUCGUAUCAGAUCUCGAACUUAUUUCGUAUGUGGUUAUUGACUCAACGAAUUACAGAGAUCUUCCAUCUCCCAAGGAGGUAGCUCAACGAUGUGUAGAACUGUACAGAUUCAGUCGUUCCAUUCUAUGCGAACAACUUUCCAUUCAAUUUCCAAAUAUAUUUCGAAUAGUUUCAAACUCAUUAGAAGAACUCAUAGAAGCAAUACCAAGGAAAACGUUUUCUAUAAAUGGUCAAAAUGCUACAGUCUAUUUCCGAGCUGAUUGUUGUUUUCUGGAGGAAUUACCUGGGCAUACGAAUAUAAAUCAAUUACGACAUGCGAUUACCGAUCAAAUUUCACAAGAGAAUACCUCAACAGAGUCAAUUUAUAUUCAAUAUAACCAAGCAACAACAAAUGCUGUUGUAUUAACAUGCUCGAGAGCUCGAAGAUGGGCCUUAUUCAAUUCGAUCAAUCUGGACGGACAAAGAAUUCAAAAGAAAAAUAGUCUUCCCUAUCGUCUUAUUGUGCGACCGAUACCUAAAGAUUUAUCUAUCUCUCAUAUUAAAAACCACAAGAUAUUUGAAAAUACUGUUGAUCAAGUUUUAGUUAAGAACAAUCACCUGGUUGUUGAACUUUCCAACAAAAUUGUGUAUGAAAAGUGUGUUAAUCAAGGUGCUCUACGUGUUGGUGAUCAAUAUCUAUUUAUCGAAAUUAACAAUUCUAAAGAGAAAGAAAUCGAUGCUGAAAAUUGGUACGAAACAGAGAUGUGUAAGCAUGUGCCAGAUAUUAUGCCGUUUAUUAGAAAUCCAAAACAUCCUAUCUUACAUUGGAAAUGGAAUCCUCAGGCCUUUCAAGAACAAUAUCGACGUUACGCUACGAUACAGCGAAGAGGUAUGACAAGUGAGCGCGAUCGUCAUGGAAUAGAUGACAAUCAAAAACGGCAUCUCUUACGAGUGACAGUGAUGUUGAAUACUAUCGGUACAGUGUGGGAGGGAGGUUAUCGUGUGGGCGAACGGGAGAUUAAAAUAAAAGAAGAUCUGUUAAAAACAAUUGUUUAUGACCAUCGAUCGAAGUUAGAGCGUGGUGCAACAAUGUCAUUGUUCGAAGCAACCAAAGUUCCAUAUACCUCUACAUUGAUUAAAGUAGUCGAUGAGGAUUGUCUCUAUGUUUAUCAGCAAUUAGUUACUCAGAAAUGCCGUCCUGUGCUUCUUAACAUGGCCAAUGCCGAUUUACCAGGAGGAAGCUAUCGUCAAUGUGCUGGCGCUCAAGAAGAGACUCUUUUUCGUCGUUCGAAUUACUUUCGAAGUCUCGAUACUGAUCUGGAUAAUGGAAAAUCAACUAGUCGUUUUUGUUGUAAUUCGAAUUGUGAAUUGGAAAUUUUGUCGGAGAGGCAACAAAUGUAUCCAAUGGAAGAAUUUGGAGCUAUCUAUACAUCGGGACUCACCAUUUUCCGGCGGGCUGAGGACACUGGAUAUGCCUUUAUGGAUGAACCAUUAUCUAAUGUAUGUGCUAUUGCGAUGGCUGCCUAUAGAGAUCCAAAGGUGGAAAAUAAUCGUCUAACUCGGAAAUUCUCCAUCGGAAUGCGCAAGAAAAUUGAGAAUAUCUUUGCCAUUGCUUAUCAUCACAAACAUGACUGUCUCGUUUUGUCUGCUUUGGGAUGUGGUGCUUUCAAAAAUCCUCCGAAACAUAUUGCAACAAUCUUCAAGUCCGUUGCUGAACAAUAUGCGGGAUUUUUUAAGAGCAUCUAUUUUGCUAUUGUUGACGAUCACAACACUGGUUUACAAUUCAAUCCACAAGGAAAUUAUCGUCCCUUUAAGCAAUUGCUCAAUGAGAUAGAAUUGGAACCAACGAAACACAAAAUGAAAGAUAUGAUGAUUGGUCCGUGGAGAAUUCUGAAUAUGCCAAAUCCGCAACAGGUUACGUUGAGUGAUAUAAGAAUUUCUUAUCUAAUACCAUGCUAUCAUGGAGGAAAAUGCAACGACAUAGAAGAUGCCCAACAUUUUCGUGAAUACUCUCAUCCAUCAUUGUGUCCAUCAAUGGGCAGCGAAACAACCUGCCAAUUAUCGAACGAUGAAGAUCACGUGCUCUGGUUUAUCCAUCGACCCAAGUAUCCGUAUGGUAGUGACUGCCAAUUAAUACGGGCAGAUGUCAAACAUCCAAAACAAUUCGAACAUCCACAAUAUAUUCAGGUUCAGCCGACGAAACUUGUUCCAUGUCGUGAUUCAAUCAAUUGUCUUCGCCAAGAAGAUACCGAUCAUAUGAAAACAUAUUCACAUCCUUGUCCAUACGCUGAGUUGUGUCGACAGAAAAUCAGCGAGCCUUAUCUGACACAUAAAUCUUAUGUUGUAGGUCCCUGUUUAAAUGGGAAAUCGUGUAGAAUACUCGAUGACCCUUUACACCGGGCAAAGUAUCGGCACAUCGACAUGCCUGACUUACUCAUUCCAUGUCGCUAUCAACAACAAUGUCAUGACAAGUCGUAUGAGCACAGGGUCAAAUAUUCGCAUGGGGAAUAUGUUGAACUAUUACCUAAAGAUACAUAUUCCAAGUACAAACAUGGCAUUCAGUGUCGAGAUAUUGGUAAUCUGAAUCAUCUUUCGAAAUAUUCGCAUCCUGAUUACUGAGUAUAAGUCAGAAAAUAACAUUUGACAGGAUGGGUUAAUAGUUUACUCAUGUCUAUUUCUGUGCUGAUAACCCCAUUGAUUUCACACAAUAUCUCGAAUGUGUUAUCUUUCACAUAUCCGUAUAUAUUGUAUCUUUUCUUCAUAUCAUAUCAUACAAGAAUUGUGUUUCAUUCUCCUAAUACUUCAUUGUUACUAUUUGGGUGUGGGUGGGUGGGUGUGAGUGUGGAUGAGUGUGGUUGUUCUUCUUUUCUGCCAGCAUAUCCACACACCCAAAGAAACUCUCACACCCACAUUCACACCCCCACCUACACUGACUUAUACCCACAUUCACACCCACACCAGUACACACGCACACCACACGCGCACACCCACACCUACACCCACAUACUCACACCCACAAACUCACACCCACACUCACACCCACACCUACACCCACAUACCCACACCCACAAACUCACACCCACACUCACACUCACACCCACCCCCCUCCCCCCACACCCCCCCCCUCACGGUCCGCCCCCCC